AUGGUGAGAUCUAUUGAAGAGAGGAAUGUUAUUAUGAAUCGAUUCAUAUUACAACAAGAAAUGCAUCAACGGAGGUUGCAACAACUUGAUGAUGAGGAAGCUGAAGAUAAACAACUAAUCGACACUCUGAUGCUCGUUCACAAAAAUGAUUUUAAUGUUUUGCACAAGUCGCAUCCGUUUGAAGAUAUAAAUUAUGGAAUUUGUCCCAAAGUCUGUUCCAAAAUCAACGACGAUCAAUACACUCAUGGGUAUUAUCUUGCGGAUGGCAUCUAUCCAAAAUGGUUAACCUUAGUUCAACAUUACCGUCAGCUCCCUGCCGGUGCAUUGGGUAAUUCAUACCGGCAUUUUAACGAACGAAAAAUUGUGUUGAGGAGGGAUGUGGAAUGGUCUUCUGGAAUUUUGAAGAGGAAGUUCGCUAUCGUUGGUGGGUCAUAUCGUAGUUUAAGUCCUCGUGAAAUGCAUAAGAUUAUGCUCACGUGCAUAAUUCUACAUAGCAUGGUAAUUCAGGAAACCCGUCAUGAAAAGGAGUGGACUAACUAUGAAUAUGAAGAUUUGAGGCCUGACAGUCAACCACAUAGAGGCGUUCCUGCAAGAAACUAUGUGAUUCAAAACCAGAAUCUGUAUGACAUAUUAAGAGAAUAUCUGAGAAUGAAUCUUUUGGAAGAGUAUGGAAGAGCCGGUGGUCGUAAUUAUUAA